UGGUAUGUGCUAUAGCAGCUGUGUAUGACCCUAAUUAUGCACUGCUGGUAUAGGUGUGGAUUCGAAUUAUCAAAAACACUCCUGUCAGUUUUGAGUUUCUGAAACAUUAUUGUGCUUAUAUUCCCGACUAGAAACAUAACAAUACCCCAUGGAAUUCGAAAUUUAAUGAGGCCUACUAAAAUUCUAACCAUAUGGCGUAUAUCAUACAGUCUCCAGCAGCCUAACACACCAUUAUGGAUCUAGGUCCCGCACCUGCAAGUAAACAUGUAUGUUAGGACCGUUAAGACUGUCUCAUUCGUUGAUACCAAUGGUGGGAGAUUUACUCAAGAAUCUAACUUGAAGUAUUUCAAGUCGAUUUUAAAACGCCAGAAAGACAUCACUACAAUUGAUAUGGCAGAAGAAUCGAAUGCAGUGCCUUCGAAGGAUGAAGUUUGCACCUUUUGUUCCUACCGGGGUCUCGAGACAAAAGCGGAAUUCUUUUGCGAUAGCUGCAGCGAUGCAUUAUACUGUCAAGCAUGCGCAACAUCCCAUAAGAAGAUACCACGUUUCAAAAGUCACGAUGUGAAGCCACUGGUUGCAUUUUUUCGACACAGACGCUGUGACAUUCAUGGAGGUCGAGAUAUGAAACUCCUCUGUAUGGGUUGUGACCGACCAGUCUGUGAGAUUUGCGCUGGUGUAGAUCACUCUGACCAUGAGCUGGUCGACAUAGGGGGUGUAAUGAAACAAAUAUCAGACACUUUCGAGCCACUAAACGAUGCCAAGCUAAAGGUAUCAGCUAUUCAAGAGGAACUGCAAGAUAUUCGGAAGAGAGAGGAGGGAGUCUUCGCACUGGUAAAGGAACAAGCAGAAUUGAUCAUUGAUGAGGUCCGCAAAAGAAGGGACCAACUAGUUUCAGAAAUAAUGUCGAACGCAGCAGGAGCGAAGAUGAGCAUGGAAAUGGCCAACCUUGGUAAAAGUAUUGAAGAGGUAAUGAAGCAAAGUCAAGACAUUUUUGCGACCGGUGUAAACAAUGUACAGCAAUUUCAAGCCGCAGCCAGUAUAAAUGAUACUUUGACCGAAACCAGAUUGGAUGCUGAAAGGAAUAUUGGAAUCAUGAUAAAGAACAUGAAAAUCACAUCAGUUCCAAGAUUUAGCCCGGAGAAAGACAUGACCUUGGGGAAGCUGGACUCCGUGGAUAUGGAUAUUAUCGUCACGAACGCGGACCCAGUCAAGCUGCAAUUAGGUGGCACAUAUCGGAGACAUCCUUGCUACAGGAUACCUAAAGCAGUUAUGUUCAUGCAGGAACGAGGAAACGAAACUCAAAAAGAGGUGGCAUUCUUGGAACAGCAGGACAAACGUGGCGAACUAAGAAUGGCGAUUACAGAAGGUGGAAAACUGGCCGAAUGGCGACGAUCUGUUGACAAGGCAGUCGAUCUGAUUAUCAACACUGAUGAGAAAUUGGUUAUAUUGUGUAACGGACAGAAAAAUCGCGAGUACGUUCCAUGCGUUAAAAUCUACAAUGGAAAUGGGGGAUACCAUUCUUCAAAAUGGCUAAGUGGCCUCCCACACGUGCGAGGAAAAACGGCUUUGUCAUUAGCACAAACCAAAUCUGGAAACUACGUGGUUCUCUGUAAGUAUUAUCCAAGUCGAUAUUCUAUCUACUUGCUCAAUUCCGAUUUCACAAUGUUGGUAGGCCCGAUUAACUUGGAUACUGAGGUGACGAAUUUGAUACAGGAUGGUGGGCUGAAGAUUCGGUGCCCAGGAUCUACGGAUAUGUUACUCAUCCAAGAUGGAAAAGGUGAACAAAUAAUAGCACUUUCUUUGCAAGUCCGACAUGGCUCGCUGGAAUAUUUCCAUAAUGGGUCAGCGGGAGACCUUGUGCAUUUUUUGAAGGAGAUGCGUCCGAUACUACCACCGAUUCAAGGCUACUAUAUUCUAGAUAUGUGCUGCGACGGCGGUAAGGUUUACCUGUGCAUCAAGAGACAAAACCGCACCAGGCGGUCACCUGAAGCAGGUCCCCUCCUAUUCUAUGAGGCAAGGUUCACAGCUAACAAGUGGGUAUUCACAUCCAUUCCAGUUUUUGAUCCGACUGGUAGGUCGUUUGGCCAGGUGGAGAGGGAAGAGUUGCUUCAUCUUGGAGUGCGACAGGCCACCUUGAUGUGCUUGCUGUACAGCCCGAUUCCUCUAACGGAACUGAAGGAAAAGCGAGAUCCAGGAAUGUAUGUUACUUGGUACCAAGGCAAGCUGCCUUGAAUGAAUUGUCAUGAUAUUAGCAUGUUAAGAAUUCAAGCUGUUGUCAAGUAUAGGCGUCAACAAGAGGACAAAAAUAUAGGUCGUCUCAUGACAUUCAAUGGUAAUUGGGCAGAGGCAGUUUUAGUUUCAUUUUAUAUACUAUAUCAUACAUAAAUAAUGUGUAGCAUUAUAGUGCGAAAGCGUGUAAAGAUGGGCGUCAAAUAUUAGAAACGGUAAUGGAAUGAAUUCGUUUUACAAAACUAGUGUAUUCAUGUAGCUAGCAGAACGCUUUGCACUAAAGUUAAAACACUCUUCGAUUUUACAUUAACCUAGUUAACAGGUGAACCUUUUCAAAGAAUGUGUCCACCUGGAAGAAAUCAAACUUUCCGAAGUGUAAGGCUGGCAGGCGUAUUCUGUCGAUCUAGCGUAACUGGAGCCCUCAAAGUAGUCCCAAUUAUAAGGUGUUAUGUUAUAAUAUUGGUAUGUAGAGCAGCGCACAUUGUGUUAUUGCCCUAUCUACUACUACAAUGGCCAGGUGCAUCCAAUCCGAUGGUACGUGUACUCCAGCUACUUUUUUUUGCAAGCAACACUCUACAACCGUCACCAGAUUUGAAUCAGACGAUCAAAGAUGGUAUGAUUGUAAUUGAAAUUCAAAACUCCACUCGGUUACAAAUUUGAUUUCCCCAGUGCUUAGACUGAUGACAAUCACACCAAUUAGUCGCAACGCACAUAUCAAAUGUCAAGACUAUUAAUUCCAGUGCAAUUAACGUUUCGAUUUCGUCUCUUUAAUGUAGUUUUCUUGUCGAGUGUAAAGCUUAGUGCAUGUUUACUGUUUGACUCAGGCUGAACACAGUACACGUCAUUGAUAUCUUGACGAAUAAAUGCUUUAAACGUGUAAGCCAUGUUCUUGCUGAAUAAAAAGGUA